CACGCCCUUCCUCUUCCAGGGUUUCUCUUUCUGGCUCCAGAUAUUUACAGGCAUGGACUUCUCUUCAGUCAAACUAGACUCAUCCAAGUGCCGUUGGUUGGGCUCAACCUACCCAUCAUGUGGUUCUAUCUCAUGAUGAACGUCAUAACUCAAUACAUCUGCAUCCGAGGCGUCUUCACCUUGACCACCGAGUGUACCUCCUUAACCGUCACGCUGGUCGUGACGCUGAGGAAGUUUGUCAGCCUCAUCUUCUCCAUCCUCUACUUCCAGAACUCCUUCACCGCCUGGCAUUGGCUGGGCACCCUCUUGGUCUUCGUGGGGAUGCUCUUGUACACUGAAGUGUGGAAAAAUCUGGGAUUCGCCUGGCCUUGCGGACCCUGGAAGGCGGAGAAGAAGCAGGAGUGAUGGAGGGAGAGGGCUUCCCGUCGGAUGGACGUUUUUGCGCCGUUCGGAUGGACAAAGGGGCCCCGGGUUCUUCACUGGGCAGGCCGGGAAGGUUGAAUUUUUGUAACACAACAGUCGCAACUCUUGGCUGGGCCAAGCUGGGCUGCGCCUCCCUUGGAGAAGGGGAAAUACGGUUUUGUGUGUCUUUGGGUUGUUUGAGGUGAGAAUGAUAAGCUGCUUUCUUUGACCGAAGAGGAAUCUGAUCCGUGGUUUGGUGGCUCCUUCGACUCCAUUAAUUGGGCAAUUUUGCCCCCAAAGUUUGCAAAAAAAAAAAAAAAAAAACCCCACAUAUUCAACAUUGGCUUCUUUUGGUUCAUGGAUAACCAAAUUAUUGGGAUCAAACUCGGGCUUUUAACAACAAAUAUAUGUGGACGUCACUGGAGCGGUGCAGUGCGGUGGCCUAGAAGUGGAGCACACGCCUCACAGUCAGGAGGACGUGAGUUCGAUCCUAGGUAGAAGCAGAUCUUUCUCUCUCUGGGCGCGAUGAGAAUAGAUCUGCCGAACAAAACUCCGCGUUGGCAACAGGAAGGGCAUCCGGCCAUGAAAACAACCUGCUAGCUCCAUUCAGACUCCACCCCUGCAAGGGAUUAUGGGGUUGUUAAGAAGAAGAAGAUGAUGAUGACAUGUGGAAGUCGCUCUAUGAUAGUCUGGUUUACAGUGAAGAACGAGCUCAUUCUCCCCUUUCAUGAGUGAUCCAGGUCAUGGUUGAGGAACCUCUGCAGAAGCUUGUGGCCCGUUGGGGACAGAAGAGCCAUGCCAGUGAGAACUGGGUGUCCUUGGGCAGGGCUUAAGAAGGUGUGGACAGCUAUCAAGUUGCUUUGGGGUUGGAGGGGAGCGUUGACCAGCCAUUUGUCAUCUUGGUCCAACAAUCAUCAUCCAAAGUUGGUUCCUCAGAAAUCAGAUUGACCAAAAUCUCUCUGUGUCUGUUAAUUUGUGGAUAGAAGGUAGCUAGAUAGCUCUUUCUCCCCAAUACCCAUGAAGAAACCAAAUCUCAUGACCUUCAUCUAGAACAGGGAUGUCCAAUCUUAAUCACUUUAAGACCUGUGGACUUCCAAGUCCCACAAUUCCAUAGCCAGCAUGGCUGGUUGUGGAAUUCUGGGAAGUUACAGGUCUUAAAAGUGGCCAAGGUUGGACAUCCCUGAUCUAGAAUACUUAAAUGUCCCUAGAUUAAAAAUGGCCUAUUGGUGAAGGACGAGGAAGACUAACCCAACUUUCUUGAGAGACAAAACCUUGGCCACAAACAGGAUAGCUAUCUCUCAGGUUCCUUUGGGACAAUCCAGGACAGUCUUCUUCAACCUCAACAACUUCAAGAAGAUACGUAGACUCCCAACUCACGAGAAAUUCUGGGAGUUGAAGUCCACACACAACUUCUGAAAACUUGUUUGAGGUUGAGACACGCUAUUGGAAGAUUGUUCCAGAAUGUCUUCAGAUGUUCUCCUGCGAGAGUCUUGAAUGGAGAUGUUGGCCAGGAACGAUGGAAUAAGCAACACCACUCUGAAUCAACUGGGAAACCGGUUUCUGAAUUGAUUUAAAAUGGGAACUCUGCAAGGGUUCCUGGUCUAUCUGGGGAACCUUCUUGUCCGUAAUAAGGUCUUCUCCAAACCAAGUCUCCAUCUGAACAAACAUAUCCAUCCAUAUUCUGCUCCCCUUCCUGAACGAGGACGACGAGUUAAAGCUAAUUUUUUUUUUACUGUGAUUACCUCCUUUAACCAUCGGUAGAUUUUGAUGGUUUAUUAUUAUUAUUUUUGCAAUGUUUGUGCAUAUUUAUAUUUAUAAUCUGCAUUGACAAGCAAGUAGAGUUGCUUUCCUUGGUGCUAUGAAUCCAUGUCCCUCAACAAUUUUUAAGGAGCGUGGAUUAUGGGGGAUUCUGGGAGUUGGAAGCCCAAGCAUGCUUAAAGUUGCUAGGUUGAGGAACAUAUAAUGGAGAAGUGUUCUUUUUUUUCUUUGAUCCAUAAAUGCAUCUCAUCUGAAUUUUGCUUGCUUUGGUGAAGUGGUUAAAAGCUCCAGAAACCAGGAGACCUGGAAUUCUAGUCCUCUUUUAGGCACAAUGCCUUAAAAACUGAGCCGCACAUUUUUUUCUGAGCCCUAGGAAGAAGGCAGUGGCAAACCACUUCAAAAAAAUAACCUUGCCAAAAAAACAUGCCCAACAUUGUCUAGUCACUGAGAAUCAUGUAAAAUUGACUUUUUAAAAAAACACCAUUUUUCGUUUUGGGGGGAAUUUCUCCAUCUUCACCAUAGCCGAAAUUGGGUUGUGUUAAAUUGCGAUGCCCUGGAAUUAUUCACACCCGGGGCCUUGUGGGUCCUUUUAGGCAUGCACAAGCAUGCAUGCAAACACGGUUGGGGGUUCAAACCCUUAAAAGAUAGGAUGGCAGCAAGCAUACGGUCAAGUAAACCAGGUUCCCCUUAAACCUGGUUUGUUUCCACUGGCGUGCAACGGCUUUGUGAAGAGCCAACCUCUGAGUUGAACAUUUGGUGCCAACCCAGAAAAGUGGUUAAUCGACAUCACUCGGUUGUGGGGUUUGCAAGACUCUUGGCCAAAGAUGGUUUCCUAUCUAAGUCAAUUGCUCUAAUGCAGGCUUGGUUUAACUUUAGCAGCUGCCAAGUAUGCAAGUGACUUUUGUUCCUGUCUUCCACCAUUGCUUGAAGCCGACACAAAGAGGGGCGUACUUGAAUUGUCCUUUGGCUUAUCCACAAAUAAAACCACGCUAGUGUUAGCUAGUCAACCAACUAGUAUUAGCUAGUCAACCAACUAGUAUUAGCUAGUCAACCAGAUACCUGUUUGUUGGAGGAAAAACAAAAUACAGAAACCACUUCGUUGUGAACCUGGUUUGUCUCGUGAAUACAAUCAUUCUCAUAUUUAAUGAUAAUUGUGAUAUUUUCUGUCAACACAAUACCUUGCCCUCACACACACCCCCACACACCGGGGAUAAGGUUUGGAUAGGAUACUUUCACCAUGAACUUCAUUGAGUAUAGAUACACCCAUGUUUUAAGCAAGAAGAUAGUUUUAAUGAAUCCCUUGAAGCUCUUAAGGUUUGAAAAGAGAAAUGUUUGCCAGGCGUAAUAUGGGUGUAUCUUAAAAAAAAACAACCAACUAUAUGGAUCCUGGCUGAAAAUAGAAUUUAUUCAAUAAAGAAUGUUUGAAAUAUU